UGAUUGUUGUACACCAAUCAAAAUAAUUAUCAUUGUUGAUCACAAUAUUGUUAUACACUUCUGUAUUGUUAUUGUACAAGAGGUCAUGAUCGGAACAGGUACAACAAAUACAGAGCUGUAUUGUUUUUUAUAUUAAAACCAUCCAACUGGAAUGUACCCCAGUUUAAUUAUGUGAGAUAUUUUCUUUUAUAUUGAAUUGGGGGAAAAAAUCGUUUAGAACAUCAUUCAAUUUAAACCAAAAAAAUUGUGAUUGGAUGAUAAAUGUGGAUGGAUUAACGUGGAGGAAACAAUUUAACUUGGAUAUAUAGAUACAAAUCUGAUCAGGGUAUUGUGACAUACCACUGUAAAGUAUACAUUAGUGUAAACAGAUGUCCAGUUUACGACUUUCAAGUGACAUGCAGGCUCCGUUACCUAUGUUUUUACCUGGCCAUCAAAUGUUUUGAAGUGUGACAUCAACUUAAGACCACAUUUGAUGAAGUUUUAAGUAUCAUUUAAUAAUGUCUAUAAACAAGCACUACAGAAGGUAGUAUUACUGUAGUACUAUAGGAUUAGUACUUAAAGACAAGUUUGGAUUUCGUCAAAUACCAUGUACAAUAGUUUGGUGAGAAAGUUCCUUCAUAAAGAUACAAUCGAAGGUCAUUAUGUUGUCAUAAAAAAUCUAUAACCUGUUUAAGGAGAUGUGCCGAUAAUAAAAUGUUGACAUCCACGACAUGGGACAAGGGACAUUGAAUUAUCAAGUACCAGUGGAUGAUAUUUGGAAAUAAGAGAUAAUAUAGAAUUUUUGUCAAAAAAAAACCUAUGGAUCUAUUGAACCAAUUUACAUCCAAUAGUUGAUAGUUAUGAUAGAAAAGUAUUAAAAUAUGAUUCAACUAUAGAUACUUUUUUCACAGUUUUACACAGUUCAUGAAACUAGGGAUGUUAUUGGAUAAUAUUUUCAGCAUUUGUUAGUUUAGGAAAUUUAAAAACAAAGAGAUGACACUAACUUGAUUGAUGUGAUUCAAACUUCUAUGUGGUCAGUAAUGUUUGGAUAAGAUUUAUAAUAGAUCUGAACUUAUUUGUUUUGGGAUGUGUAUUGCCAUAGAUUGACAGCAAUCACUCAGAUAUGUAGCUGGAAUUUAUUACCUGUAACUUGUGAGAUAAAUAAUGGCAUUCAAAAACCAAAGAAGUGCUGUAGACAUGAGUGUAUAUUCUUGUAUAGAAGAUCUGACACAUUUAGUGGGUCCAAUGACAGAAGAUACAGUGGUCAGGUGCCUUCAGGCUCGGUUUUAUUCACAUUUAUAUCAGAAUAAAAUAGGACCAGUGAUAGUAUCAGUUAAUUGUAAUCGACACAAACCUUCAUAUAAAGUAAUGGUAGAUCCUGAUAGUCAUCCAUCACUAAUGAUGAAACGUAUGAUUAAAGAGGCUGUGUCACAACACUCAGAAAAUGGUCAUUCACAGGCAGUCAUUGUAAGUGGUGAGAGUGGAAGUGGUAAAACACAUUGUGCAAUGCAGUUACUACGACAAUUGUUUGACAUAGCAGGGGGAGGGCCCGAGACUGAUGCCUUCAAACACCUGUCAGCCACACUAACAGUGCUGCGGUCCCUAACCAGUGCUGCCACCAUUACUAAUCCUGAAUGUAGUAGAGCGGGAAUGUUUGUGGAGAACUUUCUUACUGAUGCUGCAAUUUAUCGCACAAAAGUGCAUGCAUACCUGCUGGAUAGGUCAAGGGUGUGCAGUAUACAAAGAUUUGAGAAGAACUAUCAUAUAUUCUACCAAAUGUUAUCUGGUCUUUCUGCAGAGGAAAAGGCCAAGUUACACCUGACUGGACAUUCUGUACAUAAUUUGAGAUAUCUGAGUUGUGGAAAUACAGAUUUUAAUGACAUGGAAGAUAAAUCUAGAUUUGAUUCAUGGAAGCUUUGCCUGUCAGUUCUUGGUAUACCUUUCUCUGAUGUAAUGAGGAUAUUUGCUGCUGUAUUGUUGUUAGGGAAUGUGGAGUUUGUUGAAGGGACAGGAUUGGAGCUAGACAUUGUUGGCAAUAAUGAAAUAAAAGCUGUAGCAGCUCUGCUUGGAGUGUCUGGUGUAGCUUUAUAUAGAGGUUUUACUACAAAGACAAGAAAUACAAGAGGACAAGUUUGUAAAGCACUGGCUGAUGUUAAUACAGCAAAUGCUACAAGAGAUUCAUUUUCUAAGUCACUGUACUGUAGAACAGUAUCAGCCAUACUAAAGAGAGCCAACAGUUUAAAAAGACCAAGCAUCAAUUCAUUAUUAUCAGAUAGCACAGAAUCUAACAUUCAUCAAGAACCAACAUCACCUGACUCUUUAUCAAGUAGGCGGCCAUCAUUAACCUGCAGUACAUCUAGUCAGUUUGAGAAGACAAGAUAUGAUGGAUUUAUUAGUAUUGUUGAUAUGUUUGGUUUUGAGGUGGCUGAGACAAAUCAAUUAGAACAGUUAUGUAUAAACUUGUGUGCAGAGACAAUACAACAUUUUUACAAUACACAUAUAUUCAAAAGUACCAUGGAAUCUCUGAGAGAGGAGGAGGUUCAAACUGAUGUGGACGUUAAUUAUUUUGAUAAUGAUCCUAUAUUAGAAUUAUUAUCAUCACCGAGAAGUGGAAUAUUUAACAUUCUGGACACAGAAUGUACACAGCCUAAAACUUCAUCGGAGUCAUUUGUAUCUAAAGUUAAAAUUCAUCAUCGAGUUAAUAACUAUUUCUUUGAACCAUUGCCUAAGUCAGAUUAUCAGUUUGGUAUUCGUCAUUUUUCUGGUCGUGUAGUAUAUGAUGCCAAUAAUUUCUUACCAAGUAAUCGUGACCAUUUACCAGAUGAUAUUAUGUGGGUGCUUUCUAAACAGAACUGUAACUUUGGAUUUGCUACUCAUCUUUUUAACCAAGAAAUAAAACAGCCUAGAGAGAAUGGACCAAAAGGUCUGAAACACAGAAUUUUGCCUGGCGGUUCAAGUAAAAGUGAAUCUAAGGGAUCAGUAUGUUCUGACUUCCAGUUAAAGAUCAACAAUUUAUUGAAAACACUUGUACAUGCCAAAUGUCAUUUUGUACAGUGUAUAAAGUCUAAUGAUAGAGGAGAAAUGGAUUUGUUUGAUAAAGAUGUAAUCAUCAGACAACUAAGAUCAUUGCAGAUUCUAGAAACAGUUCAUCUUAUGGCAGGAGGAAUUCCACACAGAAUGAGAUUUAAACUGUUUAACCAUAGAUACAGAGUGUUUAUGGGAUUACAUAAUCCUUACCAACUAACCUCCCCUCAGGAUCAGUGUAAGAUAAUUUUAGAAAAGUUUCUAAAAGCUAUGGAUGAAAGUAAAUUACCAUAUGUUAGUACACAGUGGAGAAUAGGAAAGAAACAUAUCUUCUUCAGUGAGGGAACUAGGCAGCAGCUAGAAGCCAUGAGACAAGAAAAAAUACACAAUGCUGCUGCUUUGAUACAAGCUCAUUGGAGAGGUCUUAAAUGUAGACUAGAAUGGAAAACUGUCAAACCAAUAUUAACCAAGCAAAGAGAAAUUUUAAUGUCACCAAAACCACAGUCACAUAAAAAAGAUACGAAAAAACCAGGAGUUAUUAAAAAGGAACCAUAUUUAUUAGAUCAAGCUUCAAAAUAUUACAAUAUAAGUUUGGAAGCAGCUCCAGACAUCCCAAAUACCAGGUCAUAUUGUGUCAAUGGUCAGGUCAAACUCAGCUAUCCUCAGAUCAGGGUUCUAAAACAUGAUUAUUCAGCCAAAGAUGCUCCAGAAAAUGUACUUAGAAAAGGUUCAGAGGUUAGAGUAGUUGGACCCUCAGCAAAAAAAGGACACUUAAUUGUCGACCACAAAAACAUUUGUUUCCAUGUACCUUAUCAGAUGUUAGACAUUAAGUCAGUGCCAGAACUUCCAGGGAUGAACAUUUAGACAGACAUGAAUACACUAGAUAUUUUAUGAAUCAAAGUUUAGACAAACAUGUUCCAAAAAGCUAGUGCCAAUACUUCAAUAGGAUUAUUUGUAAUAGACUGUAUGAGAUCUUUCAAAGCAG